GGUGACAGAAACCCCGUGCUUGUGAGUCUGAUUCCUGCCCAUUGACCGGCCCCUCUCCUCUCGUCCUGGAUGAUGUCAGAACAGGACCUGGCGGAUGUGGUGCAGAUCGCCGUGGAGGAGCUGAGCCCUGACCACCCAGUUGUACUGGAGAAUCAUGUAGUGACAGAUGAAGAUGAACCAGCUUUGAAACGUCAGCGACUAGAGAUCAAUUGCCAGGACCCUUCUAUAAAGUCAUUCCUGUAUUCCAUUAACCAGACAAUCUGCUUGCGAUUGGAUAGCAUUGAAGCCAAGCUGCAGGCUCUGGAGGCCACAUGUAAAUCACUGGAAGAGAAACUGGAUCUGGUCACCAACAAGCAGCACAGCCCCAUCCAGGUGCCCAUGGUGGCGGGCUCUCCUCUCGGCGCCACCCAGACCUGCAACAAAGUACGAUGCGUCGUCCCCCAGACUACAGUAAUUCUCAACAGUGAUCGGCAGAACGCCGUUGUAGCCAAGAUGGAAGACCCCCUGAGCGGCAGGGCACCGGAUCCCCUGGAAAAUAUCAUUAGCAACGCGGUGCCCGGGCGUCGGCAGAACACCAUCGUGGUGAAGGUGCCGGGUCAGGAGGACAGCCACAAUGAGGACGGGGAGAGCGGGUCCGAGGCCAGCGACUCCGUCUCCAACUGUGGACAGUCAGGAAGUCAGAACAUCGGCAACAACGUCACCCUCAUCACCCUGAACUCGGAAGAGGACUACCCCAAUGGCACGUGGCUGGGGGACGAGAACAACCCCGAGAUGCGGGUGCGCUGUGCCAUCAUCCCCUCCGACAUGCUGCACAUCAGCACCAACUGCCGCACCGCCGAGAAGAUGGCGCUCACGCUGCUGGACUAUCUCUUCCACCGCGAGGUGCAGGCCGUCUCCAACCUCUCGGGCCAGGGCAAGCACGGCAAGAAGCAGCUCGACCCCCUGACCAUCUACGGCAUCCGCUGUCACCUCUUCUAUAAAUUUGGAAUCACAGAAUCCGACUGGUAUCGAAUCAAACAGAGCAUCGACUCCAAAUGUCGGACGGCCUGGCGGCGAAAACAGCGAGGCCAGAGCCUGGCCGUCAAGAGUUUCUCCAGGAGAACCCCGUCCUCGUCCUCGUACGGCGCCUCAGAGACCAUGAUGAGCACGCCGCCGCCCGCCAGUGAGCUGCAGCAGCCCCCGCCUCAGGCCCUGCACUACGCCCUGGCCAAUGCCCAGCAGGUCCAGAUCCACCAGAUCGGGGAAGACGGACAGGUCCAAGUAGGCCACCUCCACAUCGCCCAGGUGCCUCAAGGGGAGCAGGUGCAGAUCACGCAGGACAGCGAGGGCAAUCUACAGAUACACCACGUGGGACAAGAUGGGCAGGUGCUGCAGGGGGCCCAGCUGAUAGCCGUGGCUUCUUCGGACCCUGCUGCCACGGGGGUGGAUGGCUCGCCGCUCCAGGGCAGCGACAUCCAGGUCCAGUACGUGCAGCUGGCGCCGGUGACCGACCACACCGCUGCAGCCCAGGCGGCCGACGCCCUGCAGCCCACCCUGCAGUCCGAGAUGCAGCUGGAGCAUGGGGCCAUCCAGAUCCAGUGAGGGGACGGCCGCCGACCAGACAGGGCCCGAGCCAGAGCCACCGCUCAGCGCUGGUUCCGGUCACACGCACCCGUCCCUCGGCUUCGCAUGGGAGGGGGCCCGCACACAUUCUGCUCAAGUGCAUCCGAGUGCCUCAUCCUCGGGGAGAGCGCCCCGCUAAAUAAAGACGACGGUAGCCCCUGCCGCCCCCGCCCGAAGACCCUGUUUCUUUUGAUCACCCCGCCGUGUCCGGGGAAGGAGCGGGAAGCACAGCGCGGUCGCGUUAAGUACACGCGGGAAAUCAAGAACUACGAUAUUUUUCUCUGUUCAAACAGCUUUUUUAAUUUGCUAUGGUGUUUAUAACAAAAAACAAAAUUGAAAAAAAAGUGGAGUAGCAGAAGCCUUUUGCUGUGUGCUCUGUUCAGUGUAAUGAGAAUAGGUAUUUGCAAAAGAAGACGAACGAUUUUGAUGGAAACGUUGCUUACCUACUUUUCUAGGGGGAUGCUGUCAGCACUGUGAUUGUGCAUUUCUAAUGGAAUAAAGUGUAUUUAUGACCA